CUCCACUCUCUCUCCUCCCCGCCAUCUCUGUUUGCUCAUUACCCCAUCCAUCCAUCCAUUCUCACUCCCUCACCCUUCUCCUCCUCCCUCCUUUUUCCUCCCCUCUCCCUCAUUUGUGUUCAACUGGUUCUACCCUUCUGCCCAGGUGUUAAUUUGUUCACUUCCCUUGGUGGAAUUAAAAGGACUGGUAAAAGAGACAUGGUGGGAACUCCCUCUAGUCUGGCCCAUGUUUACAUGAAUCCAACACUUUGAACGUCUGGGAAGGGCUGCACACUUCGGAGAAAAAGGUGGAGAUUUGGGACUGAGGGAGAGAGGUGUGUUAGCUGUGAGAGCCAGUCGAAUGCUUUUAAAUGUGUGGGGAGGGGCUCACACAUCUGGGAGAAAAGUGGAGAUUUGGGAUGCAGAGAGAGGCGUGUGAGCUGUGAGAGCCAACCAGAGGCAACCCUCCCUCCACAGAGCAGAGCGCUGCAUCACGACACCACCUCCUACUGCAUGGCUUUAUGGCCAAUGCAGCCUUUAUGAGACUUUCAUCAUCAUUUUGCUCUUUCCAAAUACACACCCAGCUAACAGGGUGGCCAAUAAUGGCAGCCACCCUGUGCCUCAUGCAUGGUAUUGCACUUCCAUUGCUAAACAAAAAUCACUUUCUCACUGACCGAAUCAGAUAGGUUUAAUACACGUGUUGUCCACAAGAGGUCAUGCGCACACCGUGAUGGUGAAGGCCCCCAUCUGUUCAGAUAUCAGUCAGAAACGGGGACAAAGGCGGCUUAGCAGGCGUGGAUUCAGGAUGAUAUGACACUACAGGCCCCGAAUACGUUUCUGCUGACUUUUUCAUUUGCAAACCCCUGACUAUAUGAGAUAUAGGCCCAAGAUGUUGGGGAUUUGUAGCCUACUGACCACACACGUUUGUAAUUAAAAUGAAGGCCUAUAUUUUUGAUGUAUUGUAUCUAUGUAUUUUCAAUGUUAUUAUGAAUAAAACUGUUUUGAUACUUGUGGGUCUAGUAGGUCGUACUAUUAGGUCUUGCUAUACGCAUUUCUUGGCCAUAGCCAUGCAUCGGACCCCAAAAUAACUCAAUACCAAAGCGACUUACGUCGUAUAAGGACUAAUUAUGAAUGAAUCCACUCAUUUAAUUUCUCUCUGAAAGCCAGGAUUUAAGUAGGCUAAACAUGUGUAGUGGCAAUAGUAGGCUUAGACUGCCUGUAAUAAUAACAGCCUAAGCCAGAAAGGUAGAAUAUGGGUGAGAAAUCAGCAGGACCAUUAUAGGCCAAUAGGCCAGACCUAUUCAUAGAAAUGGACCUAAUAAAGGAGGGGUCAGAAGUCUGGACAAAGAGCAUCUGUGAGAUAGAUAGCUCGUCGUUAAACGAUUAAGACUCUAACUACCAGGAUGCAUCAGAACAAAACAAAGCCUCUCAUCCCUCUGCUUUGGGUAGAGAUUGCCCAAAAUAUGAUAGGAUCAGUUUAUCCUACCCAAAUCAUAACCUUAAUUAUUACUGGGUCACGCGUAAAACUGACUCUAGAUCAGUGUCUAGGGGUAGACGUUAUCCGAGUCCCCCUCCCCUCCCCUCGCGUCUCGCUCACGGCUGUGGGCUGUGCGCUGCAGGGGGGCGGGAGGCGAGGAGAGCGAAGCGGCAGAAGGCUCAUUGUGUGUCGGCUAGAAAGUGGGGGUCGUUGCGGGGGGGAGAAAGCGUGCGUGGAGGCUGAACUCUCGCUUUUGUCGCCUGUGGAGGAGGGGGCGGAUUAAGUAGCCUGCUCGCUCACACACACACACCAGGGACGCCCGGUUCGUUUAUCAGCAUCAUCAUACCCAUUACCGAGGAUACACAGUGCACCGGGAAGGGAUGCAGAUUUAGCGCGAGACGGACAGUGGGACUUCGGUCUCAGCUGGAUUCGGAUAAAUGGUGCGUGCGCCGUGCCGUCGUCGGCGAUGAGAAGAAAGGAGGACAAAAGAUGAACGGAUGGAGGAUAGACACGGCCCCCGGUAGACACGCGCCUUCGGUUUACCGCAUCUCUCUGAUCUCGUGCCGCCGUGCGUGAGUCUGUCGGUCGGUCGUUCAGACUGUGUCUCACUAGGGAGAAAAACGCGAACACUAUUCCCAAAUUACAGGAGGCGUUGCCUGUAUCUGACUGACUGCAGAGGGCCUAUUGUCUGUGUGUGUUUGUGUGUGUGAUUUGACGUUUAGGGGUGUGAUUGUAUGUGUGGUGACUGUGAGAGGUGUGUUUGUCAGAUUUGAUGGCGAGGGGUGUGUGAGGGUGUGUGAGUUGCUGGUGUAAGGGUGUGUGUGAGUUGACAGUACAGGUGUGUGUGUGUGAGCCAUGGGGAACACAGAGAGUAUGGAGUCUCAGCUAGCGGUCAUCAGGGCCAGGGCUGCUCCUGUCAAGCUGCCCAUGCCUGAUCCUGCUGAGCUGGAAGAGAGGUUCUCCAUUGCACUGAACUCUAUGAACCUGCCUCCUGAUAAGGUGCGUCUGCUCCGUUGCUACGACAAUGAGAAGAAGUGGGAGCUGAUAUGUGAUCAGGAACGGUUCCAGGUGAAGAACCCUCCUCACACCUACAUCCAGAAGCUGAGAGGAUUCCUUGACCCGGCCGUCACACGCAAGAAAUUCCGUCGGAGAGUCCAGGAGUCGACUCAGGUGCUCAGAGAACUGGAGAUCUCACUACGGACCAAUCACAUCGGGUGGGUGAGGGAGUUUCUCAACGAGGAGAAUCAGGGCCUGGAUGUCCUAGUAGAGUACCUCUCCUUCGCUCAGUACGCGGUCACGUUUGAUGGGGAGGUAUCAGAGGCCAGUACUGAGGAGAGAGCUGUAGAUUCCCCCUGGAGUCGUUCUAUAGAAGAUCUCCAUGGAGACAGCAACCUGCCCUCCCCCUCCAGUGGCAACAACAUACAGCGCUCCGCACGCCACUCUAUCGGUUCAGCGUUGGUGUCCAGGUCUAACACACUGCCCAGUAGGAAGACACUGAAGAACUCCCGCCUGGUGUGUAAGAAGGACGACGUUCACGUGUGUGUGAUGUGUCUCAGAGCCAUUAUGAACUACCAGUAUGGCUUUAACAUGGUCAUGUCCCAUCCUCAUGCUGUGAAUGAGAUCGCUCUGAGCCUCAACAACAGAAACCCAAGGACUAAGGCUCUGGUAUUGGAGCUGCUGGCUGCUGUGUGUUUGGUCAGAGGAGGUCAUGAAAUAAUCCUGUCUGCUUUCGACAACUUUAAAACAGUGUGCUCAGAGACCCUGAGGUUUGAGAAGCUGAUGGAACAUUUUAAGAACGAGGAUGACAACAUUGACUUCAUGGUGGCCUGUAUGCAGUUCAUAAACAUUGUGGUACAUUCUGUUGAGGACAUGAACUUCAGAGUGCAUCUUCAGUAUGACUUCACCAAACUCAAUCUGGACGAUUACCUAGAAAGGUUGAAGCACACAGAGAGUGAUCGGCUGCAGGUGCAGAUCCAGGCCUACCUGGACAACGUGUUUGACGUGGGAACGCUGCUGGAGGACGCAGAGACCAAGACCGCCGCGCUGGAGAGGGUAGAGGAGCUGGAGGAGAAUAUGACCCACAUGACGGAGAGGCUCCUGGACACAGAGAACGAGGCCAUGGCCAAGAUAGUAGAGCUGGAGAAACAGCUGAUGCAAACCAACAAGGAGCUGGACACCAUACGGGAUGUGUAUGCUAGUGCUAACAACCAGGUGCACACCCUGCGGAGGAUCGUGCGUGAGAAGGACCAGACCAUCCGCAGGCAGAGUCGACUGGAGCGCCAUGCUCAGGAGGGUGGAGGGGGCACCUUGGUGGUACAGGGAGGGGGCACCUUACACCCUGCGAGGGGCGAGGGGGACGGAGGGGUGGGUGACUUGUCCUCCAUCUCUCUGACCCUCGGCAUGACCCUCUCCCCCAGUCCGGAGACAGUGGGCUAUGGCUUGUCAGGGGCGGGACUAGGGAUGAUGCCAGCCCCUCCCCCUCCCCCGCCCCCUCCACCAAUGCCAGGGAUGCCAGGGAACAGUGAGUUGUCAAACGGACCCUACCCUGCUCCUACUCCUCCUCCUCCUCCCCCACCACCCCCUCCUCCCCCCUUAUGUUCCAUGGAGUCCUCGGGUCCUCUGCCUCCCCCUCCUCCCCCAUGCGCCCCUCCACUCCCCGGCUGUGGUGGAUCACCCACUGUCAUCUUUAACUCCGGCCUGGCAGAGGGGUCACUCAAACUGUUCUCUGUGAAGAUUAAGAAGCCUAUCCAGACUAAGUUCCGUAUGCCAGUGUUUAACUGGGUGGCCCUGAAACCAAGUCAGAUCAACGGAACUGUCUUCAACGACAUAGACGAUGAAAGGAUCCUCCAGGAGCUGAAUGUGGAGGAGUUUGAAGAGAUGUUUAAGACCAAGGCCCAGGGGCCAGCGGUGGAUGUGACUCUGAGCAGGCAUAAGGCCCCUCAGAAGGGCCCCAAUAGGGUGUCUCUGCUGGAGGCUAACAGAGCAAAGAACCUGGCCAUCACCCUCCGCAAGGCUGGCCAGGGGCCCGAACUCAUCUGUCGGGCCAUCCAGACGUUUGACAUGCGUACUGUGCGUGUGGACUUUGUGGAGUGUCUGAUGCGUUUCCUCCCCACUGAGGGCGAGGUGAAGAUGCUACGGCAGUACGAGAGGGACAGAAAGCCUGUGGACGCACUGAGCGUUGAGGACCGCUUCAUGUUGCAGUUCAGCCGCAUAGAGAGACUGGCCCAACGCAUGUCCAUCAUCACCUUCAUGGGCAACUUCCAGGACAACAUACAGAUGCUCACACCGCAACUCCACGCAAUCAUCGCUGCUUCUGUGUCUAUCAAGUCCUCCCAGAAACUCAAGAAGAUUCUAGAGAUUAUCCUGGCUCUGGGGAACUAUAUGAACAGCAGUAAGAGAGGAGCGGUGUACGGAUUCAAGCUGCAGAGUUUAGACCUG